CCGGUGAUUAAAAGCUAAAAUGUUAUUCAAGUCCAUUGCCGCCGCUCUAGACCAGAGUUCAUUGUCGGUAUUAUGCCUGCUGCUUGCGCUCGUGUCCAAAAUCAAUGGCGCGGCUCUGAAUGCCAGCCAUUAUCAGUACUAUCGUGUGGAGGGACUGGAGGGAACACAAGUUGCCGAUCUGCCUCUUGGUAUAGUGGUGCUGCAGGAUCAGGACAUGGGCAAGACCAUAAUCAGGGCGGCCAAUCUGACCGCCAUCCGAUGGGCUCAUGCGGUCAACAGUCAGCAGUUGCUCGACGAGGCCUUGGCUGGUGACAUUGAGUUCAUUGAGGCGGACAUUGUGCUGGGAAAGCUUUCCGGCGGCGACGGCGACGAUAUGCCCGUGAUGGCUCAUCCGCCGGCAAAUGUCUCCGACUUGACGUUACAGGCAUUCCUGAAUCAGAUCAAAGACUUUAACGACCUUCACGAGGGCAACGAGAAGGGAGUCAAGCUGGAUUUCAAGUCCAUAGAUGUGUUCGAGGGCUCCUUGGACAUCCUCGACGCGACCAUACCAAGUAUGUCCUAUCCCAUUUGGAUCAAUGCUGACAUUAUCAGUGGCCCCGUGGACCAGAACAAGACCGUGCCCGUAGAUCCGAAUCGGUUCUUUGCCGGUUGCAUGCGGUACAAGCAGGCAGUCCUCUCCAUUGGAUGGACCACCAACUGGGGAGCCGAAUUCCGCGAGGGCGAAUACACUAAAGAUCAGUGCGACGCAAUGGUCGAGACGCUCGCCUUCAACAAUGUGCUGUCCACGGGCCAGGGCAUUACCUUUCCGGUCCGUGCGGGCAUAGCGGCCAAUAGCGAAGAGCAGCUCCACAAACUGGUGGCCGCUGUCAACGAGACCAACGAGAGCACACUGACCAUCUGGUCCUCCGACGGUGACUACGUGGAUGUAGAAAAGCUGCGUAAGCUUAUAUUCGGCUUUGGUGUGGAGCGUGUCUACUUGGAUGUGCCCGAGGAGCUGGCCGCCAAACUGGAUCUGGGCAAUGCUGGCAACGGUGCGGGCACCUUCAAUUCUCUGGUUAGCUUCAGCUUCAUCAGCCUCUGCUUUUAUGCAUUUUCCAGUUGGUUAAAGCAGUAGUUACAGUGUAGAUUAAAAUAAGAUUUUUAGAUUUGUCACAAGGUAUUAAUAAUAAAAUGAAGCUGAGGAGGAAUACUAUUAUUAAUAUAUCCUUA